UGCCAGAUAGUUCACUACACAGCUGAUCGGAGCAGCAGCACUACAUUCAUGAUAUCUUGUUUAUAUAGUUAAAAAUGGCCCAAAAACCAAGUAAUGAUUCAAUUAAUGGAACGAGAACCGAAAUAGUCGAUGAGACGGAUGCAAGUGGAUCCACUCCCACGCUGCAGCUGCGCUUGGCCCAGCCGCGUGAUGAACGCCGGGUGGUCUUUCACGCUGGAAUCAUUGACAACGAACAUCUGAAUCGGAAGAAAUCCAAAUGUUGCUGCAUAUAAAAACCCUUGGCUUUCGGUGAGAGUUCCUCAGAAGACGACGAAGAUUGCGAGCAUUGUUUUGGACAUCCCGAGAAGCGGAAGAAGAACGUUAAACACAAUCAUAAUCAUGACCACGACCAUGGAGACGACCACGACUCUUGCCCAAAUUCGAGACUUCCAGACGAGCCAUCUACAUCUGCCCAAUCUAUGCAGUCUGAGGAAACCGGACCGCCACCAGCCGAGCCGAUUGAAGGGCCAGCAAAACCUACUGGAGAUUCGUAAAGCGAACACCAUUUAAUAAAAAUCUUUAACAACACGAAACGAACUAGCGGCGAGCAGUAAAAUCUAUACACAAUAAAGCAAUCGGAUACGGCAGG